AUGGAGUCAACAUCGCAUUCGCGCAUUUCAGCACAAAUUUUGACUCACUCAAUCGAAGUCAACGCAUACAAAAAGGCGAAUGUGACGAAUGACAACCCGGCACAUGAGCGGGUUUCUGAAGACGAUUUCGACAUCCCGAUGGUCGGCCACGGGACGGAUGUGUCAGACAUUGGCAUCGGCGAAGAUGGAGAAGUGCAUGAGUGGGACGUCAAAGGCCUUGAUGGUAUCCCAGAGAAGCCGGACCCAUUGUUGCCGAAUAGAUGCCUCAAAAAACCCGGUGGACAUCGCGCAAAAGUCGCUGCUUCGAUGAUCACCGGUGUGGUUGCGUCCGAACUCUACCCUCACGGCAUGCGACAUUACGAGAAGGAGUGCAAGUCGCUGGGAAUCAUACUGGAAAGUCGUAAGGAUUGGUUCAUGAGAACAGGUAUGACGAGAUACCUUGUUGACGUGCCAGCGAGGCUGAGGGGCGGAGUGGAUGUUGGCUUGGCGUGUCGGGUCGCAAAGAGUUAUCUGGAAUUCGAGCUGAGCAACGCGAAGGAAGGCCCUCUGAUGAUGAGUCAGAACAGCGAUGUCAGCCCCGGGUCUCUGUACAUAUUAGAUCUCAUCGGCACGAAGUCAAAGACCAUCUGGAGUGAGCGGGCGGCGGACAAAACACGGCGUAAGACCGAGUUAGAUUAUGACGUCGACAGGAGUCUACCACGUCAAUGGGUCUCACAGCAACCGGCCGAACGUCGAGGAGUUGGGGAGACGCUAGUGCUCAGCGCUGGAGAAACGGCAAGUUGGAAUGAUCACUUGCCUGCCGGAGCUGACGGUGUGCGCCUUCUGGUUGUGACCUUGCUGUCCUGGGGCUGGGAUAUCAGGGAGAAUGAGCGCAAGAACGAGGUGGAGGGCUGGGAGCGCUUGGCGCGAGACUAUGUCGAAGUCUUAGAGGUGCUCGCUGAUAGAUCAGGGCAAUUCCAACCGCCGCUUACAGGGUAUGUUAUCGAUGGGUAUAUCGAAUCUGAGGGAAGACGGUGA